GGGGAUGCGGUCACAAUGGGCCGGGAGGGAGGCGCGGGGCCGGGGCCACAGCGUGGGCGCCGCCACCGGACUCCGCGCCCGGAGGGAGGUGCGCGCAGACGCCCCGCCGCCCCGCGCAACCGGAGCGCGGAGCCGGUACCGCCCAGGCCCCCGGGCGCGGCCGCGGGAGACGCUCCCCGCGCGGCGGGCGCAGCCUGCGGGGCGCUGUCCCCGCCCGGCCCUCCCCGCGCGGGACCGCACCUCCGCCCUCACCUCCCGCCGCAGGUCCGCCCGGCCCCUCCCCGGACGGCCGCCCCCGGCACCAAGUUGGCGGGAGCCUAUAAAAGCCGGGGACGGCGCGGCCGCGGACACACCGAGCCGGCCCCGAGCAGCCGCCGCUGGACGCGCGCCAACUCCUGCCCCGCCGCCCCGCCGCCACCAUGUCCCACCACUGGGGGUACGGCCCGCACAACGGUGGUGUCCAGGCGGAUCCUCAACAACGGCCACUCGUUCAACGUGGAGUUUGACGACUCCCAGAACACAGCAGUGCUGGAGGGAGGUCCUCUCGCUGACACCUACCGACUGGUUCAGUUCCACUUUCACUGGGGCUCGUGCGAUGGGCAGGGCUCGGAGCACACAGUGGAUCAGGAGAAAUACGCCGCAGAGCUGCACCUGGUUCACUGGAACACCAAGUACGGGGAUUUCGGGACAGCCGUCAAGCAACCCGACGGGCUGGCUGUUUUGGGUGUUUUUUUGAAGGUCGGCGACGCUAAGCCGGGCCUUCAGAAGGUCGUCGAUGCGCUGUGCUCCAUUAAAACAAAGGGUAAGAGCGCCGCCUUCACUGGCUUCGACCCGUGCGGGCUCCUCCCCGGGUGCCUGGACUACUGGACCUACCCCGGCUCGCUGACCACGCCGCCGCUGCUGGAGUGCGUGACCUGGAUCGUGCUCAGGGAGCCCAUCAGCGUGAGCAGCGAGCAGAUAAACGCGUUCCGUCAGCUUAGCUUCAACAAGGAGGGGGAGGCAGAAGAACCCAUGGUGGACAACUGGCGCCCCACGCAGCCCCUGCACGGCCGCCAGGUCAGGGCGUCCUUCCAGUGAGACGCGGGCCGCGGUCCCCAGCGUCCGAGGUCCCCGGCGCGGAGCACCGGCCCACGCGGCGAAUCGGACCCGCUGCUCUGCGUCCCGGCUGCUGGGCUCCCGACUAGACCCUUCCUGUCCCCUCCCGUCCCCCUGACGCUAUUCCCGUGGAGGAGCCGGGCCAGCUGUCCGCGAUGCAGCGGCGUGGUGGGCGGGCUUUGCUGGGGGUGGCCUUCCUGUAAGGAAUGAUUAAAGGAUCGGAGGGGAACUGCCUGUUCACAGCGCGGGGUGAGCCUCACACGGGGCGUCAGAUGGGAGGGGGCGGGCUCGGAUCUGCCCCGGGAGAUCGCGGUGACGUGAAUCAGGUAAAAUGCUCAGGAUUCUGUGCGACGUGAACCGGAUGGGAUCACUGUUCUCACUCCAAGAUGUUGUACGAAAGAGAAAUCCUCGCAUUCGAAUAUAUUUGUAGCGAAGUCCCCUUACAUGUGACUCCUGCCAUAAUUCAGUGGCUUCUGAGCUGCAGAGGUCCACGAGGUAGAAUCUAAAAACUGGUAUCAUUGUCGCUGUGACACAGAGUGUAUUUCCAUCCAGAAAAUAUGUCCUCUGUUAAUAAAUGCUGUAUUUUGGGUAUAUUCUCUAAUAAAGCCCGAUUUCUCUU